GAUUGAGAAGUCAUUCUGUGAAACAUCAUCAACCAAGCAAGCCAGACAGGAAAUUCAUAUUUUUUAAAAAAAAAGCGUCUCCAUUGAGAAAGCAUAACGGUCAAUCAUCAUGAAAACGAUAACCAUAUUUCUAGCAGCCUGCGUCGUGUUAGCAGCCGUCGUGACUGAGAAUACUGCGAGUCCAGUGGCACAGUCAUCUGGAGGCGCUGCACCUGGAAAUGGGAACCAAAAACCAGGGUCUUGUUAUCGACCUGGUUCGGGACGGAAGCGCCGAUCCGUUGAUGAGGACGACGACUUUCAACAGGAUCAUCUCAUCGAGAAGCGUCAGGUGGGGUCCACUGGGGGGUCUCAGGGAGGAAACCCAUGGAAGCCACCAGCACCCACGCCAAGACCAACACGACCCACUCAACGACCAAGACCUCAAUGUUACAAUGAUUACGAUUGCACGGCCAACAAAAAAUGCUGCACUGGAGUUUGUCAGACGCCCGCAUUCGUCGGUUAAAAUUUGAUAGUCUUACAAUUUCUAUGCGUUUAUAUUUAAAUUAUCAACAAUUCCCUAAUUUUUGCCAGAUUGAUUAAGCUUUAAUAAAUAAUACCACUCAAUUUUACACAAA